AUGAAGAUUCCAGCAUCCACAGCUCUUGCAGUAAUGGCAGUCUUUCUGCCGAUAGUAACCUGUGCUCCAGCAGGAGACGCCGACGAAGCGGAAAACCGAUCUUGUGCGAAAAUGGACCAAGAGGCCAAAGAAGUGGGAGACACAGUCGUUAGAAGUUGCAAUUACUGGUGCCUCCCAAACAAGACCGACACCUACUACUAUGUAAAUAAGUACUAUCCGGAUGGCACGAAAUGCCCGUACUAA